GUCAUCGUCGGACUUGACGACUCGGAACUGCAGACCUGGCGCGACGCAUAUCAGACCGACAAUCAUUUCCGUAAGGUCCUCGACACCCUGAAUAAGGAAGAGAACUGGAGUUCUCCUGUAUAUCCACAAUACCACUACAGUGAACAGGGUUUGGUAUACUUCGAGGACUCUAACGGAAACAAUCGAUUAUGCGUUCCCGCCUCCCUGCGUUCGCGUGUUAUGUCCGAUGUCCAUGACACUAUAUCCGAAGCGGCUCACGGAGGC